AUCUCUUGACUUCUGCAGAAUUGGUUUUUCUGCUGUUGUUCAUUUCAGAAGAUUUUUAAGUGAAAGAGCCCCACGCCUCGAUGUUCGACUGGCUAUGACAACGUCACUGGUCCUGCGCUCGCGCUGGACCGACCCGGUCAUGUUUUUAUAUGACAGCACCAGUGCUCUGGAAGACGCAGGCAAGAACAUGGACGCAUUUGCGGGAGGCAGUUUUGCACCGAGCUCGUGCAGAAAUCUCAUGGCUCCCAGCGCUGCCUACACGUCGAGCGAAGUGACUACUGCAGGAGUUGGUGAGCCUGGAAAACAAUGCAGCCCGUGCACGGCCUCGCAGGGAUCUGGCGGCGCAUCGCUGCCUUAUGGGUAUUUUGGCAGCGGUGGAUAUUACUCAUGCCAAGUGUCUCACCCUCACUGGGCUGGCAGUGGGGUUAAAUCUUCCGCUCAUUCGCCAGUCUCUGCCUCCUCGCAAUACGGGGAUAAAUAUAUGGAUAUGUCAACCCCGUCGGCCGAAGAUUAUGUUGCUUCUCGAGCCAAGGAGUUUGCAUUCUACCCGAGCUAUGGUUCGAGUCCGUACCAGCCCUUUGCCGGCUACCUAGAUGUACCUGUAGUGCAGGCUGUGAGCGGGCCAUCGGAGCACAGGUCCGAGUCUUCUUUAUUGCCUGUGGAAAGUUAUCAGCCAUGGGCAAUCAGCGCUAGCGGCUGGAACGCGCAAGUCCGCUGUGAAAAGGAGCAACCGCAUACAGAGCACGUUUGGAAAUCAUCUAUACCAGACUCAGUUCCUCACAGGGGGGCAGACGCAAGUCCGUUCCGGCGCGGCAGAAAGAAACGAGUCCCAUACACGAAGGUGCAACUGAAAGAACUCGAGCGCGAAUACGCAGCCAACAAGUUCAUUACCAAGGACAAGCGCAGGCAGAUAUCCGCACUGACCAACCUGUCUGAAAGACAGGUGACCAUCUGGUUUCAGAACCGACGAGUAAAAGAGAAGAAAAUUGUCAACAAAUUAAAAACUAACGGUUAAAUACAACAGAAAGGAACAUUCGAAUGCACACAAAACUAUAUAUGUGAAUAUAGACGUUUUAUUGAAUUCUUCGUUUGCCUAGACUACCAGCUCGCAGAAAAUGCCUUGGAAUCUGAGAAAUGAGAUGUUGACGCGGAGCGACAUUUCCCCUCUGCGCCAGGCUGUGGUGCGCAGUGUGUGAUUGCCGCAACUCGGGACUAAGAACAUCACUAACGCUGUCGGUUGUGAAAAUCCAAUAUUUACGCAACUUCUCAUAAAAAUUCCACGAAUGUGGAUGCUGUCCGAAAAUGACACAGUAGCAGGCUUGUCAGUUGCUGACUGGUUCUGUGCUAGACUUCUGCGCUUUAAGGUUUUUUUGCUCGCGGUCUCACGCCUUGUGCUCAGCGAUAAAUAUGAGGAGAAACCAGUUGAUAAAUUGUUUCCCUAUUUCAUGUACAGUACCAUUUUAGUAAUAAUAAUAAUAAUAAUAAUAAUAAUUUUUCUUAUCUAUCUAAAUACUAGAGUGACUCAUCUGCGUCUAUGCCAGAUUAAUGUUGUUCAAGCCCGUCUCAAUAAACCAUUGAUAUAAUUAAAGAUAAAACCGUUUUCUUUUGACGUCACCAAGUUCAAAUCACUAAAAGAAUUCUGCCUGAAAUAUUCAGUAAAUUUAUUCACGCCUUUGCAAAGUUUCCUCAAGUCAGUCCUCGUCUGUGUUGUGUGUCCAAGAACGUUACUGUAUGUCAAAAAGGCGAUGUGGGUUGUUUCAAUACAUAGCUUCAUUUUUAAUUUUGUUCCGUACAGCAUCAUUCUGUACGGAAUCGAGACAAUAUGCUGCGCUGCAAGCUCAUUUGUAGAGCAACAGUGCCAUCUGCUGAUGAGUUUGGAUUGGUUCAGUUCAUUAACUCUGAAUAUUUCCUCUAAAUUAUGAUUUCUGGUCAAAAAGUCGUUUCCCUAAAAGCAAAUAAACAUGACUAUUACUUGAAUUCAUGAAUAGCCUCCAUACGAUAGAGGUAGUAUAGAGUAUAAAGUAUAGCGCAAGCAUUACAGCAGACAUUUUAUGUCUUUCACUACUUUAAUACAGUUAGUCAUGUAGUGAAUGCAAGCUCAUGCAGAACGUAAGAACAUAGGCUUGUCCGAUAUAAUGAU